AUGGCAGAAGCUCUAACAGUGCCUCUUCCUUUGGCCGACGAGAAGGCUCGGAAGUCGUCCCUGGAGCAGUCUCAGAAUGAUUCACUGGAAUCCAUUGAGAGGAUCAGAGAGGUCGAUCCUGAUAUCGAGAGAAGAGUCGUACGCAAGUGUGACUGGUGGGUUGUGCCUGCUCCAACUGUUAUGUUCAUGCUGUCUUUCAUCGAUCGAGUCAACAUCGCGAAUGCCAAGAUUGAGGGUAUGUUGACCGACCUUCACAUGGUCAAACACGACUACAACAUCGCCUUGUUCAUCGUCUUCAUUCCAUUCAUCCUCUGCGAGACUCCUAGCAACAUGAUCUUGAAGCGCAUCACUCCACGCGUUUGGCUGAGCUUCUUGCUGUUCGGCUGCGGGCUCAUGGCCAUUUGUCAAGGCGUGACAGGAUCUUUCGGUGGUCUGGUCGCAUGUCGGUUUGUUCUUGGUAUCUUCGAAGCUGGCAUUUCUCCGGGAAGUAUACUCCUCAUCACCAUGUACUACCGUCGCGAAGAGCUGCCUCGCAGAAUCUGCUGGUGGUAUAUGUCGGGCACCAUAGCAGGAGCUUUCGGCGGUCUGCUCGCAUACGCUUUGGCAAACAUGAGCGGAGUCAGAGGAUACAGCGGAUGGAGAUGGAUCUUCAUCAUCGAAGGAUGUGUUACCGUAGUCAUGAGCAUAGUCAUGUACUGGUGGCUUGCAGACUGGCCAGCGGACUGCCGCUUCUUGACUCCGGACGAGCAUAAAGUGCUCAUGUGGCGCCUCAUGGACGACAGCGAAGGCGACGCCAAGAUGAAUCGCGUGAACUGGUCCAGGUGUGCGAGAGAUUGGAAAGUCUGGGUUGCCACUGUCAUGUACUUCGGUAUCGUAGCUCUUAACUACUCAACCAACAACUUCAACCCGACUCUUCUGAAGGAGCUUGGCUACACAUCUGCAGCAGCUCAGAUCCACUCUAUCCCUCUGUAUGUUGUCGCCAGUGCCUUCUGUCUUGGCUCGUGUUAUCUAUCGACAUACGUGAAUAACAGGUUCUGGCCAUUGCAGUCCGGGGUGCUCCUCGGCAGCGUUGGCUUCGUUAUCCUUCUUGCUCAAAGAUCACCUGCGAUUGGGCCUCACAUCGCGUACAUGGCGCUCUUCUUCAUCACCAGUGCAGGCUACAUUGUUCAGCCAAUGGUCGUGUCAUGGGUCAUGAACAACGCCUCUGGGCAUUACAAAAGGGCGUUCACCUCAGGCACCAUGAUCGGCCUGGGAAAUGCUGGCGGGCUGGUAUCGAGCAAUGUCUUCUUCCAGGAAGAGUCGCCUUACUACCAGACUGGAUAUGGCACGUCGUUGGCAUUGCUGAUUUUGACGUCUGUCGCGGCGGUAGUCUUCUAUGUCGGGCUCAAGAGGGAAAAUGCGAAAAGAGACGCUGGCGAGCGUGACCACCGUCUACAGCUGGCAGAUGCUGACAAUCUUGGGGAUGACCAUCCUUCUUUCCGCUUCAGCUUCUGA